GAUUAAACUAAAUCCAUGCAGUUUGAAACCUGUCUUUACUAUGCUGAACAUUCUUUUUCCUGUAUUUUUUCAGACGAGUUCCAUGUGGAUCCAGUUUCAAAGAGACUGAUCCGUGACAGGAAAUCAGCAGACAGGAAGUCUUUGGACAGAAAGGCCGGAAAACCCGAAAAAGCUCCGGAGUUUGUUACGAAGCCCCGGCGACAGUUUACAGAUGAGGGUCAGACCGCCAAAUUCAAAGCCUCAUAUGAAGGCCCUCCCGGCACUAAACUGCUGUGGACCUUCAAUGGAAUGGUGCUGUCAAACGAUACCAAACACAAGAUUUACCAAGAGAAAGAUGUCCAUUGGUUGGAGGUUUGCGACGUGACAAAGGAUGACACGGGAUUGUACACUUGUACCAUACAGAAUGCGACAGGGAGUUCUCAGGCCUCGGCAGAACUAGAAGUGCUCGUGAAACCCAAACCAGUGUCCAAGAAAGGCUUUGUGGCUCCUGAAGUGGACAUUCCUCUCAGUGACCAGUACAUCACCCCCGACCAGAAAUCGGUCGUCCUGGAGUGUAAAUUCUCAAAUGCAAUAGAUGCCAAUACAACCUGGUACAAAGAUGGACGCAAACUGAAUUCUGGGUAUUUUGCCAAACAAACCUUUGAUGGUCGUUUAGCUCGCCUGACCUUAAACAAAGUCUCGGAGAGAGAGAUGGGGACAUAUGAAUGUGUGGCCUCUAACAGUGGUGGCGAGGCUAAAACCUGGGCUCAGUUGUCUUACAAAGUUGCUGGCUCCAGAUCCAUUCCACCCAAGUUUGCUGUUCCAUUGACCAAUCAGACUCUGUCUCCAGGAGAUCAGCUGACCCUGGAAUCCACGGUAACAGGGUACCCUAAACCAAGUAUUAAAUGGUACAAAAAUAACAAGGAAAUUCACUCAAGCAAAGCCGUGAAAAUGGAAUUUGAUGGGUCAAAGGUCAGACUAACUGUGUCCAAUGUACAGACAAGCGAUUCGGACUCCUACAAAUGUGUAGCUGAAAAUGAGGCUGGACAAGAUAAAAUCAAAGCUGAUGUAUCUGUGAUAGUUCCCUCAUCAGCUGCCCCCGACGACUUCAAGGAGCCCCCUGUGUUUGUCAAAGAACUCGUGGACAUGGAGGCCAACGAUGGCGACCGAGUAGAGCUGGCAGUCCAGGUCGAAGAAAUUUUAUCAAAAUCCUGCAUGCAACAUAACACUUCCUCUGAGUCAAGCUAUCCGCACACCUACUGUGAAUCCGAGUCAGAAAGAAGCUUGAAAUCAGACUCCGGAUACCUAACAGAAAAGAGUUACCAGAAACCCGACUUCAUAUUGAAGCCGCACACGGUGGAGGUGAAAUCCGGAGGAAGUGCUAUAUUUCUGUGUAGGGUAACUGGGUUCCCCACACCAAACAUCGUGUGGACGACAAACGGAAGAACAAUCAACAAUGAUGAUCAACAUAAGAUCAGUUUUGGAGAAGACUGUGUCCUGGAAAUCAGAAAUGCGUCUCAGAGUGACAGCGGAAUAUACACCUGUACACUCACAAACCCAGCAGGAGCCGUAUCCAUGGACGCCAGACUUAUUGUCAAUGGUUCAGAUGUAUCCAGCAACCCCCCAAGCAGGGUUCCACCACUGCAUCAGUCUGUGCAUACAAGGGUUGUUGAGGAAAAAAUUGAACAGCAAGUGUCUCCUAAUAAUAUGAGUUCCCGUAGAGAUUCAAAGCCUAACACUCCAGAAACAGUGAAAAAUUCUUAUGUGCCAAAGCAACUUAGUAAUAAUUCUGUAUCAGAAAGGAUAGAGAAAUUAAGAAAACUGGAACACAAACCUCCAAAGAGUCAUGAAGUUCAUGAUUUCAGAGGAGUGUUAAAAUCCAAGCCAGCAUCUUCAGAGAAGAUUGACUAUAGAAGUGUGUUAAAACAUAAAUCUAACAAUGAUCUCACAAAAGUAGGACUGACCCCUGAAAAGAAACACUCAGCAGGCCCUGAAUUAGGGACAGAUUUCCGAGAAAUUCUGUCCCAGAGGAAGAAAUCGAGAGAGGAACAACUAAAACUGCACAGUGACAGAAAGGCCAGCUCAUUCUCAGGGUCAAAGAGAGAUAACUCUAGCAGUCCUACUGAUUUCAGGUCAGUGUUAGGUAGAAAAAGGAACUCUGUGCCAAAAGAAUCAUCUCCAACAGUAAAUAGGGACAAUGGUUUCUCAUUAAUUAAAGAAAGGCCACCUGUAUCAGGUAGACAAGAUUUGAAGGAGACCACAACGGACAGAGUGUUACCAUUAAAAUCUGAACCUGCUCUGUCAAAUGUCACAGUCAAACAAGAUAUAAAGGAGACAUCAACAUUCAAAAAUGUACCACCGAAAUCUCAAAUUAUUGACAAUAAGUCUUCAUCAGUGCCAAAGGACACAGUUCAAAAUAGUGCUAGUGAAUUAAUAUCCAAAUUUGACACACCUGAAAAAGUCAGUUAUAAAUCUCAAACAUAUCAACAAACAAUGAACGAGAGGACUCCAGAAAAAGGAAGACAAUCAGUGUCGCCCAGUCCAAGAAGACGAAGAGCCUCCCCAGCCCCACAGGGUACCACCAAUACAGAACCUCCAUCUGAAGAAAAAGUCCAACCAAAAGAAGAGUUAGCCCCACCACCACACAGUGUAGAACCACCAUCACACAGUAUGGAACCACCACCAAAUAGUGAACCACUGUCACUUAGUGAAAAACCACCAACACUUAGCACAGAACCACCAUCAUUUAGUGCAGAACCACCGUCACAGCCCCCAGUCCUUACAGAUGUCAUGGAUGAAGUAGACAUUGAGAGCUUGUUAGCCAAACGAAGACAAAAACGAAGACAGUCCCCAGCCCACAAAGACUUUAUUCCACCCGAUCAGGCCAACAUUGUAGUGAAUAUACCCGUAUCACUGCCUGUUAACAUAGAUACAGUGAUACCGGAGUCUCAGAAACAUGGAAUGGAAAAAUCAGAAGUGAACUCAAAGGACAAAAUUGAUAUGGUUCCAGAACAAGAUAGAAAUAAAACAGAAGAUUUGAACAGCUAUAGGAAAACUGAUGAAAAAUCUGUAAUAGCAGGAAGUAAAGUGACAUCAGAAAAAUCAAAAUCUAAUGUUUCUGACCAUUUGGUGGAAAAUAAAGAGGAAGAUUUCAGAACUGUUCUGGCUAAUAGGAAAAACAGGAAUGCUAACAGCUUUAAUGAUUCUCCAAACCCUAAAGAAAAAAAUGAAAAUGAAAGUAGUGACAUCUUAAGAGAUUGGAGGGAAAAACGGCAGCAGCAAAAUUGGGGCAACAAGGAGGGUGUUAAUGGGGAGGUAAACUCAACAGUGAAACUCGAUAGUGUAGCUCAAGAAACGACGAAAAGUAAAGAGGAUACAGUGAAAACUAGACCACCACUGAGUAAAAUGAACUUGAAUUUAAAUAUAAAUCGCAAUGAAAAUUUACCUCAAAAUGGCAGUGUGAAAACUCCUGAAAAUUAUUCUGAUGAUUUUCGAAGUAUUCUGUCAAGGAAAAGAAGAACAAGUAACAGCUUUAGCAAAUACGAUGCAAACAAUGCUAAAUCCCCGUCCAGCCCAAAGACCACAGAUUUCAGACAUGUUUUAACGCGGCAUGUCAGCUACGUGGAAAAUCGGCACCGCCAAGCCCCCACAUUCAACUCGAGGCUGAGGGACAAAACGGUCACCGAGGGGGAGGCGGUCACCAUGGAGUGCCACAUCACAGGAGUGCCCCGCCCAGAAAUCACCUGGACAAUGAACAACAAUCAAAUCAAACCAUCCAAGUUCUUUCGUAUGACCUACGACGACAAUCACAUCGCCCGACUGGUCAUCGCAGGAGCCUACCCAGAGGAUGAUGGGGUAUACGUUUGUUAUGCCAGCAACAGCUCCGGAAACGAGUCAAGCACCUGUCAUCUCUUUGUAAAAGAACUCGCCAGCACAACAGACCAUUCAGAGGAAGAGAGAGGCAUGCAGAAGGGGGUAUCGAGCGAGGAGGGAACCUGUACAGAAGACGACGACUUUGCCGACACCCUGGAGGCCCCAGUGAUCCACGAGAUCAACCCCUCCACCGUCAACACCACCCCGGGGCAGAAAAUCACCAUCCAAGCCUCCUUCACUUCUGAUGAGAAACCUACCAUUGAAUGGCGAAAAGGGACAUCACUCCUGAAAACUGAUGACUCCAUCUCGGUGAACAGCUCGGAACAUUUCAGUCGACUCACUCUAAAUCAGGUCAAGGUCACGGAUGCUGGAAAAUAUGAAAUAACGGUGACCAACAGUAUUGGCCAGGCAUCAGCAAUGUCCACAGUCAAUGUACAAGAUGUGCCGGGACAGGUGCCUGGUCCCCCCUACGCUUCUGAUGUCAAUCUCCGCUCUGUGAUCCUGUCCUGGGGGUGCCCCUCCUCUGAUGGGGGGACCCCGGUCACCGGGUACAGGGUGGAGAUGUGUGAGGCUGAGAGAGAUGUCUGGCAGACCCUCACAGAGCAGUGUCAUAGUACAUCAUACCACAUAGCUAACUUGCUCCCGCACACACCAUAUUUUUUCCGUGUGGCUGCCAAGAACAAGCACGGAUAUGGAAAACCUAGCGAAACAUCUUCUGUCAUAGUCACCAAGGAUCGCAGGUCAUCCCUGCGUUUGUCUGUUGAUUCCGAUGAUGUUUUUGUGAUGUCACCGACCUCACCCACGGGGUCAUACAUGUCCAUUUUCUCCCCCACAGAGGAAGAUCUGCCCUUUGAACCCAAAAUAGUGACGCUGCAGGAAGAAAAGAAGUUUGAAGAAGACUAUGACCUGCAAGAUGUCAUAGGAAAGGGAAAAUUUGGAAAAGUCCAUAAAUGCUUGGAAAAAGCCUCAGGCAAAACUUUUGCAGCAAAGGUUGUCAAAUGCCGAACUCAAAAAGAAAAGGAAAAUUUGAAACAAGAGGUUGAGAUAAUGAAUUGUCUAACUCACCCAAAACUCUUGAUGUUGUGGGAUGCUUUCGAGACGGCAAGAAGCGUAGUCCUCGUGAUGGAAUAUGUAUCAGGAGGAGAACUAUUUGAUCGCGUUGCCGAUGAGGACCUGGAGUUAACGGAGUGUGACUGCGUACAUUUCAUGCGUCAGAUCUGCCAGGGAUUGCAGUACAUGCACCUGAAGUCCAUUCUACACUUAGAUCUGAAACCCGAGAACAUUCUGUGUAUAAACAAAGACAAUAACCUGAUUAAAAUCAUAGACUUCGGCCUCGCUCGGCGACAUAAGGAAGGUGAAAGUCUACGUGUGAUGUUCGGAACACCGGAGUUUAUUGCUCCAGAAGUUGUGAACUACGAGGAGAUUGGAUUCCCGACAGAUAUAUGGAGUGUCGGGGUCAUUUGUUAUGUCUUGCUGUCUGGUUUGUCUCCCUUUAUGGGGGAUUCUGAUGUAGAAACUUUGUCCAACGUUACGAGGGGUGAUUACGAUUUUGAUGAUGAGGCAUUUGAUGAGAUCUCGGACCUUGCAAAGGAUUUCAUCAACAAAACCAUCAAACUGAAUAAAAAGAAAAGAUUGACAAUAGAUCAGUGCUUAGAUCAUCCAUGGGUUGCACGAUCAGAAAGAAACAGUUCAAAGAAACUACGACAAAGUCUGAGGAAUCUGAAGCAAUUCAUGGCGCGGCGGAAAUGGCAGAAAAUGGGAAACGCAAUACGAGCAGUGGGCCGCAUAUCGAUGCUUCAGAAAAGUCGAAGUGGAAGUGAGAGUUCGGUUCAGAGCGAUUCAGACGUUUCGUCACAAACUGACAAUAGUACCCUUUCCUCCUCAAGACCUUCGUCCAUAGGGUCAGAGGACAAAUCGGAUCUCAGACAGACAAAAUCAUCCAAAAGUACCGUGUCCAACACACCCAUUCAGCAAACUAUUCCAUCCCACAAACCACAUUCUGUUCACGGUGAUCGAACAGAGGAAAUAAGUGAACAAACAAUAGACACCCAGUUGACAUUUCUGAAAGAGAUGGUCGACUGCGAGGCAUUUAUUGGUGACAAUGCAAGAUUUGAUGUCAAAAUAGGAGGAAAUACAAAACUGCCACCUAGUGUUCAAUGGUAUCACGAAGAGGAGAUAAUUCAGACUAAUGGACAAUAUUCUGUGAUUGAUAGUUUUUCAGAAAAUGGUGAAUAUUCACUGAUUGUUAAGAAUGUAGGUGGCAGCACUGAAGGUGAAUAUACCUGCCGUGUAACAUCUGGGGAUCAUGUGAUUACAUGUAGUGCAGAUUUAAUAUUAAAUGAUGCAGGUACUAUGUAAAGAGAGACACCUUCAGGUUUUAUUUAAGUGCAAUAAGGGCUGUGGUAAGUAUUGAUAACUUACCGGGCCUGCCAAUCAAAUGAAAGGACUACAAUGAAUCAGAGACUCAUUACUGCCAAUCAUCGUUAGCUUAACUUAUCCUCUGUUAGAUUAUUAUAUUUAUGAUGUCUAGCACAGUGUAUGUAUAGGAGAAGGUCUGUGUAAAGUGCCUGUCUUUAUUCUACCUUUGGGGUUUGAGACUUGCCAUUUUCUAUACCCUGAACUUACCAGCAAGCUUUCAUUCAUUGUAACAAGCUGAUGGUCACUCUUAAAUCCUAAUUUUUCGAAUUUCGGACCCUUAAAACUUGUGGCAGACACUUUACAUAAACCUGUGAAUUGAUAGUUAUAACUUUAUUUCAUUGCAGUGCAGUGGUAUUAUUUAUUUGUUUGACUAGGUGAUGGUAUAACAAUUGCUCAGAUUUGUAUUUGAGGAUGUUAAUAUUUUCUACUUAAAGAGAAGGUCCAAAUUCCCUGAACUUGAUUUGGGUCUCUUUUUAUGUACAAAAUCACCAUGGUUUUUGUGUUCAUACA